AUGCCUACCCACCGUUUGUUUCACGGUUCUGUCAUUACCCCUGUGUCUGUGCACAAAACUGAGUUCUGGCCCCAAGCGUUGCUCUGUGUGAACUCAGCCGGAAUUAUUGAAUGGAUCGUGUCCGACGUCAAGUCUUCGCAACUCCAAACCGUGGCGCUCGAAAAGGGUCUUGUAUUGGAUGAUUCGGUUGAAAUUUACGAGCUCAGACAUGGGGAAUGGCUCAUGCCUGGAUUUAUCGAUACCCACACACACGCGCCUCAAUUCCCCAAUAUCGGAAUCGGAGGACAGUAUGAGCUUCUUGAAUGGCUCAAUAACGUGACAUUUCCGACCGAAUCGCGUUUCCACGACACCACUUUCGCCGAGCGCGUAUACUCUGCUGUGGUUGACCGCGUCUUAAAUUCUGGUACAACCACUUGCUGCUAUUAUGGUACUCUGCACCUUGAAGCUACCCAGGUACUCGCCAAGCUUACGCACGACAAGGGGCAGCGAGCGUUUGUUGGGAAAUGCAAUAUGAAUCGCGAAUCAGGAAAAUAUCAAGAAGACUCGACCUCGCAAUCCAUUGAAAACACCAAGAAGCUUAUCUCCUACAUCCGAGCACUUUCACCCAAUUCUGCACCUCUUGUUCAUCCAAUCUCACCCCCCGUUUUGCAAUUUCUUGCACUGAUUGAUUUCACCCUGAAACUGUUCCCUAAAGCCUCCACCUACACUGAUGUUUACAAACGUGCUGGUCUUUUAACGGAUCGGACGAUUCUGGCUCACGCUGUGCAUCUUUCGAACGACGAGAUGGAGGAAAUCAAGAGUUGUGGAUCUGGGAUUAGUCAUUGCCCUACGAGUAACUUUUACUUGAACAGUGGAGUUGCGAGGGUUGGAGAAAUGCUUGACCGAGGACUGAAGGUCGGUCUGGGCACGGAUUGCUCGCCGGCGCUGCGAGAACGGACAAGCCACAACGUGCAAUGGCAUCGUACACCCAAGCUAGCCGAAAACCCUCUGUCCGCUCUCCUCCACCUUUCGACUCUUGGUGGUGCACAGCUAUGCAACCUGGAACAAACCACCGGGUCUCUCGAAGCCGGAAAGGAAUUCGAUGCGGUAUUGGUGAGCGUGCGUCCCGAGACUGGGAAUGCGAACGUCUGGGCGAAUUUGCCAGCUGGGGUGAAUAGCAGUGCUGGAGAAGAAAUGCCAGCCGAUUCGCUCGAAGCGUUGUUAGAAAAGUUCUUCUUUUGCGGGAGUGAUAGGAAUGUGCGCAGGGUCUGGGUCAGAGGUCGUUUAGUUGGUGGGGUUGAGAAAUGA